AUGAACAAUCGAAAACAGCUAUUCUUUCCUCCAAGAUGGUUGAAAUGUCCACCAGUGGGCGACGUCCUCCUGGAUUUAUUUAUACCAUGCAAAACCCCAUUGGACGAUAAAUACACCGAUUUAAUUACUGACGAGGACGAUAUUUUUAAUCCUGAAUGUCUUUUUGAAGCUGUAAAACCGUUUCAACUGGGAAUGAUAGUUGAUUUAACCAAAUCCACCCGCUUCUAUCACCGUAAAGAAAUCGAAAAUCAUGGUUGCAAGUAUGUGAAAAUUGCUUGCAAGGGAAAUGAAGAAUGCCCUACUGCAGAACAAGUUCUUCUGUUUAAUGGUGUCAUCAACCAAUUCAAGGAAAUGAACAAAGAUAAUGACAAAAAGAUUGCUGUCCACUGUACACAUGGUUUCAAUCGUACCGGAUUUAUGAUUGUCUCUUAUCUCGUCCAAGAGUGUCAAUGCAGCCUGGAAUAUGCAUUGCAGCUCUUUACAGAGGCUCGAAAACCUGGCAUUUACAAAGCUGAUUACUUGAAAGAGUUGUACACGAGAUUUGACGACCCCGAGGACUGUCCUUUGCCUCCAGAAUUGCCUGAUUGGUGCAAUGAGGAGGAAAAUGGAGGCGACGCUUUAGUACCUCGAAAACGAAGACAUCCAGAUAGUCCAGUCGACGAUGACGUUGGUGCUGAUGAGGAAAACGGAGAAAGCUGUCUCUCAAAGAUCGCUCGAUUUCCCUUUACCCCUCCCGGCCAGCCCAAACUCAUGGAAGGAGUGACAGGCGUCGAAACACUCGACCAAUCCUCUCUUGAGGCACAUAAAGUGCGUACCGUUGUUGAUUACCUCAUUCGUUUUGGGGGCGUUCUCCCUCAUCGAGAUGAAGUUCCUACGACAAGCUCCGACUCUACUCCUCUCAAACAGCCUUUUGAAUCUCUCGAUCCUCCAGUCUCAAGUCUUUCUAGUGAUAUCCUUCACGAUCCCCUAGAUCUUGACCUCAAUCUUGACCCAACCAUACGAUUUAGAGGUAGUCAACCGAUCUCCAUGACCCGGCAAAAUGUUGCUCUCAUUGCUGACAAUCCCUAUUUGGCUUCAUACAAAUCGGAUGGCACUCGAUAUCUCAUGCUUAUCCAUGGGCCUGGAAGAGUCUUCUUAAUCGAUAGAGGUAACUUUGUCUACAAAGUGGGGUGUCUGGAAUUCCCCUCAUAUUUUUGGUUGAGCGGGGCACAAGAGGAGAUUGCCAAGGGAUCCAGACCUCCGGAUUUCAAUACAGCGACAGAUGGACAUCUUGUCAACACCCUAGUUGAUGGUGAAUUGGUCAAAUUUGACAAUACUCCCGAUAGACCCUUCAAAUUUCUCAUCUUUGAUGCGAUUGUAAUUCUGGGUCAUCCGAUUGGUCGGGCACCUUUUGAAAAGCGAUGGGAGUGGAUUGAAAAGUACGUGGUAUUUCCUCGCAAUAGGGCGGGUCAUAAGAAUCUCGUGAAUUUCGGCAAGCAGACCUUCUCGGUGCGAAGGAAACCUUUCUUCCCGAUCAAUAAAGUUGUUGAUCUGAUUAAAUUAACUCGGCGCGAAUUGGAACACGAGACUGAUGGAUUGAUAUUUCAACCUUGUGGUCUACACGACUACUACGUUCUCGGUACUUGCAAGAAGACUUUGAAGUGGAAGCCACCAGAGCUGAAUACAAUUGACUUUCUAUGCCGCAUUCGAUACCACACUGCUAUUGGAGAGGUGAGUCAUCAUGUAGGCGAUCUCUUUCUGGGAGGGGACUACAAAGUUCCUGCUGCAAAGUUGUCCAGAGUGACUUCAAAGGAGAUGGCUUACGAUGGUAAGAUAGUGGAAUGCGCUGUGGAUACCACUGCUCCUGGAGGCGGCUGGAAGGUGCUUCGAGUGAGGACGGACAAAACGGAGCCCAAUCACCAAUCUGUGGGGCUUAGAAUUAUGGAUAGUAUCAAAUACCCCGUUAAUGCACCUGAUGUUUUGCGCUACGUAAACGCUCGACUUCUCUACCUUCAACAACGUAGGAGAGAGGAGGAAGAGAGAUCAAGGCGAAUGGCUGAGAGGAAUUCUUCUACUGCCUCAUAA